AUGCUUUUGAUCCACUGUCCCUGGUGCGGUUUGCGAGAACAGGAUGAGUUCACUUAUGGAGUGAAUCAACCGUACCGGCUCGCGAAUGGCGGUCGAAUCAAUCGCACCAAGCCCAUCACCUUUCGUUUCAACAAGAAACAAUAUAGAGGUUUUGAAGGAGAUACUGUCGCUUCAGCUUUGCUUGCCAAUGGUGUCCACUUGGUCGCCCGCAGCUUUAAGUAUCACAGACCUCGAGGAAUCAUGGGUGCUGGUGCGGAAGAACCGAAUGCCUUGCUUCAGAUUGAAUCGGGAUCAGGUUCGGUGCCUAACCCGCGUGCUACUCAGACGGAGAUUUACGAGGGGCUCGAAGUAUCAAGCGUAAACUGCUGGCCAAGCCUAUCUUUUGAUAUCGCAUCAGUGAUGGGGUGGUUUUCGCCAGUUAUUCCUGCUGGAUUCUAUUACAAGACUUUCAUGUAUCCCCGAAAAGGAUGGAUGCUGUAUGAAAAAGUAAUCCGCAGAGCAGCCGGAUUCGGCAAAGUUCAGUCGGAUGCUGACCCGGAUCGUUAUGACAAAGUAAAUGCAUGGUGUGAUGUUCUGGUUGCUGGCGGUGGCCCAGCGGGAUUAGCAGCAGCUUUGAGUGCUGCUCGUGCCGGAGCGCGUGUGAUUAUCGCGGACGAAAAUCAUGAAUUCGGCGGCGGAUUUCUGCGAACUGGUUGUGACGAUGAUCGAAAGUGGCUAGAGCGUGUUUUGACGGAACUUGCAGAGUAUCCGGAUGUUCGUCUGUUCACACGCACCACAGUCGUUGGAUACUACGACAGCAACUUCCUGGUUCUGAAUGAACGGGUGACCGAUCAUCUAGCUGAUGCGUCGUCUGACUGUGCUCGAGAACGAAAUUGGCGAGUCCGUGCGAAACAGGUCGUAUUGGCUACCGGCGCAAUUGAGCGGCCGCUGGUUUUCGGUAACAACGACCUGCCAGGUGUAAUGUUGUCCUCCGCGGUUUCGGUGUAUGUCAACCGAUUUGGUGUGAAGCCAGGCAAUCGGGCAGUGAUUUUUACCAACAACGACAGCGCCUAUAGAACUGCUCUGGACAUGCUGGAUGCGGACAUUCAGAUUGAAGCCCUGAUUGAUGUCCGUUCCCGGGGGGCCACCGUUUAUUCUGAAAUGCUUGCUACUCGUGGUGUAAAAAUUCUUGCCCAGUCAGCUGUUGUUUGUGCGAAAGGACGAAAACGAGUUACCGCAGUGGAAGUCAUGGAACUUUCGAACGAUCUUGAGUCGAUUACUGGUACCAAGAGAGUUUACAACUGUGACCUGCUCGCAGUCUCUGGUGGUUGGAGUCCUGCUGUUCAUUUACACGCGCAGUCUGGCGCGAGACCUUGGUUCGAUUCAAAUAAAGCCUGCUUCGUACCAGGAGAUUCAGUUCAGAUGGAACAAUCAGUAGGUGCCGCCAACGCGGUGUUUUCGGCUGAGCCGGCAAUCCAAGAAGGUUUUGAAGCAGGUGUUGCCGCUGCCUGUUUAGCCGGGUAUGAAGCGGUCGAAGGCCAGAAGAAUGGAGAGGAUUUGGGUCGACGUUCGGAGGAAUAUGACAUACAGCCGCUUUGGCGAGUGCCGAGUGCAAAUGCCCGGGAAACAUCGAAACAGUUUGUCGAUUUUCAGAACGAUACAACGGCAAAGGACAUUGAAAUUGCGGCGCGGGAAGGCUAUCAGUCCAUUGAGCAUCUAAAGAGAUACACUUUGCUCGGGUUUGGUACAGAUCAAGGGAAACUGGGAAAUAUCAAUGGUAUGGCAAUCUUGUCCAAGGCUUUGGGGCAGGAGAUGUCCGAGACUGGCACGACGACUUUCCGUCCGUUUUAUACACCGGUUACAUUCGGGGCAAUUGCGGGAAGAGAACUGGGCUCAGAAUUUUUUGAUCCGGUACGCAAGACUGCGAUGCAUGAAUGGCAUGUCACGCACAGCGCAGAAUUUGAGAAUGUCGGUCAGUGGAAAAGACCGUGGUACUAUCCCAAGUCAGGCGAAACCAUGCAGCAAGCAGUCGACCGAGAGUGUUUGGCGGCAAGAAAUCAGGUCGCGAUGCUGGAUGCAUCGACCCUAGGCAAAAUCGAAAUCUACGGACCGGAUGCAGUUGAUUUUUUGAAUUUGGUGUACACCAACUCCUGGUCGAAGCUGACUACAGGCUCUUGUCGCUAUGGAUUGAUGCUUGGAGAAGACGGCAUGGUCAUGGAUGAUGGAGUCACGGCGAAACUUGGAGAAAAUCAUUACUACAUGACGACAACAACCGGCGGAGCGGCUCAUGUGUUGACAUGGAUGGAACAGUGGCGGCAGACCGAGUGGCCGUGGAUGAAGGUGUAUUUCACCUCAGUAACAGAACAGUGGGCGGUCAUUUCGAUUUCCGGGCCGAAAGCUCGUCAACUAUUGCAAAGGGUAGCGCCUGAUCUGAAGGCAUCAAAUGAGGAGUUUCCUUUCAUGACUUUCAGAGAAGCCAUGGUAGCAGGCGUACCAGGCCGAAUAUUUCGUAUCAGUUUCAGCGGAGAACUCGCUUAUGAGCUCAAUGUGCCAGCAAUUUACGGCAUGCAUGUGUGGAAACAAGUGUAUGAAGCCGGUCAGGAAUUCGAAAUUACACCCUAUGGCACCGAAACGAUGCAUGUUCUACGAGCCGAAAAGGGAUUCAUCAUUGUGGGUCAGGAUACGGACGGUUCCAUGACUCCCAUUGACCUUGGAAUGAACUGGAUUGUCUCCAAGCAGAAAGAUUGUCUUGGCAAACGAUCGCUAAGUCGGUCCGAUUGCAUGAGAGAAGAUCGGAAGCAGCUCAUUGGGCUUCUUACUGAUGAUCCGAAUAAAGUAUUGCCUGAAGGCGGUCAGCUAGUGGAAGCGACGUCAAAUGCCUAUCCGGUUCCCAUGAUUGGACACGUUACGUCUAGUUAUUGGAGUGCUUGCUUGGGCCGGUCAAUCGCAUUAGCAGUCGUAAAAGGCGGGCAUUCGCGUAUGGGAGCUCGCAUUUACUCGACGCUGAUGACAGGAGAAUCGAUUCCGGCUACGAUUUGCAGUCCGGUAUUCUAUGACUCUCAAGGGGAGCGACAGAAUGUCUAG